AUGCCUUUCAACAAGUAUAUCCCAUCAUGGGCCCAGACCCUCAAGCCCGCAACAACCGUCAAAAAAGGCAAGGCCCGUGCUUCUGAGAACCCUGCCGAGCCUAACAAAACCCCGACCCCUGUUCCCCCAAGGGAAAUUACUGAAUCAGAGAGGCUUGAAAGAGAAAGGACUGCUGCGAUGAUAAAGGAGGGGAGAGAAAGAGCUGAUGCGCAGUUGAAGAUGUGUGAGAAAUAUAAGCGUAGCCGGCGCUUUGGGCGGGCGGUGGGGGGCUGGGUUGAGAAAGUUACGCGGUAA